UAGAUUAUUAUUACUGACUCAUUGUUUAAGGAGAAGGGAUCACACUCAUGGCUAUUCUUCUCCUUCUUCCACCAUUCACUCUUCUCCCUCUUCAUCCCGUCUUCUCUCCAUUGGAUUUGUUUGUUUUGCACUAAUCUACGUAUUUGGAUACAUCACGAUACUCUCUCAAAUACGGCGAAAUUAUCGCCUGAAUCACGCCUGAGGUAUCGACAAAGGGAGAUAAGGGAAGAUUGAAACUUCAAUUUCUACUAUCUUGAAAGUGUUCGCGGGAAAAUUGAAAAGUUAGAUCUGAACCGCAGGAUUGAUCGGAUGGCUGAGGUUUUCUUUGAAUAUGUGACUGCGGCGGCAUUUUAUUAACAGCAGAGAAUCUGCACACCUUAUCCAACCCUGUCCAAAACCCAGCAACACAAACCCCCUUCAUCUACAAUGUCAAAACCAAUACAAAAAUCCACAAAUCAAUCCCAUUAAUCUUCACAAACCCUCCAAUUUUCCACUAUCUACAUUUCCCAUCACAAUUCAAUCCCCUUCAAACAACAACAAUGGAACUCUCAUCCUCUUUUUCACUCUCCCCAAAACCAACUAACUUCUCAUUCUCAUCCUCAUUCUCUCCUUUCCCCAUCCAAAUCCUAAUCAAAAACACCAAAUCCCGAAACUACCCUCUUCACGUUCUCGCAGUUGCAAUAGACCCAACAAAAGACUUCCCUAGAAAUAACAAUCCUCAACGACUUCUAAAAGAACUAGCAGAACGCAAAAAAAUCACUAACCCAAAAUCAAAAUCACCACCAAGACGUUACAUUUUAAAACCCCCACUAGACGAUAAAAAACUCGCAGAAAGAUUUCUCAACAGUCCACAACUUUCACUAAAAUCAUUCCCAUUGUUAAGUUCUUGUCUACCUUCAUUGCGCCUUAACAAUGCCGAUAAAUUAUGGAUCGAUGAGUAUUUACUCGAAGCGAAACAAGCCCUUGGAUACUCACUUGAACCAUCAGAGACAUUAGAGGAUGAUAAUCCUGCUAAACAGUUUGAUACUUUGUUGUAUUUGGCUUUUCAGCAUCCUUCGUGUGAGAGAACGAAGCAGAAGCAUGUUAGGUCUGGGCAUUCCAGGUUGUUUUUCUUAGGGCAAUAUGUGCUGGAAUUGGCAUUGGCUGAAUUCUUUUUGCAGAGGUAUCCGAGGGAAUUGCCUGGUCCGAUGAGGGAGAGAGUUUAUGGGUUGAUUGGGAAGGAGAAUUUGCCUAAAUGGAUUAAAGCUGCCAGUUUACAGAAUUUGAUAUUUCCUUAUGAUAAUAUGGAUAAGAUUGUGAGGAGGGAUAGAGAAGGACCUGUCAAGUCGGUAUUUUGGGCUUUGUUUGGGGCAAUCUAUCUUUGUUUUGGUCUUCCAGAAGUCUACCGUGUUCUUUUUGAAGUCUUCGGAAUGGAUCCAGAUGAUGAGGAUUGCCAGCCUAGGGAGCGCAGACAACUUGAAGAUGUGGAUUAUGUAUCUGCUGAGUUUGAAAACAAGCUAAACUGGCAAGAUAUUGUUGCUUAUAAGCCUCCUGCAGAUGCUCUGUUUACUCAUCCAAGGCUGUUUAGAGCAUGUGUUCCCCCUGGCAUGCAUCGAUUCAGAGGAAAUAUAUGGGAUUAUGAUAGCAGACCCCAAGUUAUGAGAGCACUUGGAUAUCCAUUAGAAAUGACAGACAGAAUUCCAGAAAUUACUGAAGCCAGGAAUAUAGAGCUUGGACUUGGAUUGCAGCUUUGUUUUCUGCAUCCAUCAAAGUACAAAUUUGAGCAUCCUCGAUUUUGCUUUGAGAGAUUAGAAUAUGUUGGAAAAACAAUACAGGAUUUGGUGAUGGCUGAAAGAUUGUUGAUGAAGCAUUUAGAUGCUCCUGGGUUGUGGCUGCAAGAGAAACAUCGCCGCAUUCUUCUGAACAAAUUUUGUGGAAGAUACUUGAGGGCCAAACAGCUUCACCGUUUUAUUAUAUAUGAUGAUAAUGUUCAAAACGCUUAUGAGCGCAACCGGAGACGGAGAAACCCAGCCACAACAGCUGUUAAUCAAGCUAUUCAUGGACUCUCGUAUCUUGUUUAUGGGAAACGCGAUGUGAGACGUCUGAUGUUUGAGUAUUUUGACUUUGAGCAGAUUCAGCCUAAAGAGGUCUAAAUAUGAGACAAGAAUGACAUGGCAAUAGAGUACUCUCGGUUUUCUUUUUCACAUUUUAUUUUUCCAUCCCCUUGCUUUUCCAUACCAUGAUUUGAUCCACUUAGUUAUUAGGUUAUUUACAAAUUCUUCUUUGAAAGUUGCUCUUGUAUAUAUUCAUUGUACUCUACUUGUUAGAACUGGGCGCCUUAGAUAACCGGAACAGAGAUGAGGAUACAUAUGUGACUGCUUGUUCUACUCUCCAUGGCUCAUAUCAUGGAGCAAAAACAUGAUUACAAAAAUGUGCUGUAUGAUUAUUUGAAAAUUCAAUUUGGGAUUUUUAAUGAAUAAAUGAGAAAACUAAGUGUAGCCUUAACUUGUA